GAAUUUAACUGGAAAGCGCGUCCCGCCAAAAAACGUAAAAUUAUUGGUUUGCUGACUCGCUUUCCUCUCAAAUAAUGAGAGGUAUCCACACUUUGUUGUUAUUGUUGUUUUAUACACGCGAGACGCGCUUUUUGUUUUUCUCAAUUGGAGCACGACGGUAGACACACGCGCCUUUCGUGUUACCGGGUGCCUAAGCGUGCGGGGCAAAAAACGAACGGGAGAACAACAACAACAAAAGGAAAGAAAGAUGACCAAAAGAGGGCAUCGCAUCAUGUUAGUGUUGAAGACGGAGAAGAAAUGAAGCAAUAUCAAAAGUGACGGAAGAAGCAUACAUUUUCUUUCUCUCUCUCUCUCUCUCUUUGUCACUCGACAAGAAUCUGCCUCGUUGCAAGAGGGACCUUGUGUUACGCUCGAAGAAAAACAAAAAAGAAAAGGCCUCUUCUUUUCUUUUCUCAUUUUUUCUCUUCUUUUGCUUUUUCUUUUUUCGGUUAUCGAGAAACCGAUGAUGCAAGCGCGCGCACACACGCACACUCACACGCACACACGCGCAUAUGCGGUUAUUGCACGUUGGUUUUUACGUGCGGUGCUGAGUUGACUGGUAUGUGGAUGCACCAAACGGCGACGCUGCUCUUGGUUUUGGGGGCUCCAUCAAAUUUCUUAUGUAUGUGUGUUGUGCCUGCGAAUUACAUAAAACGUUGUUUGAUCCUCUUUUUCUAUAUCUUAUUUUCCGUAAAUUCUAACCAAUUUUUAUGUUUUACUUUUCUUUUCCUUUUUUUUUCAUCUUCGUCGAGUUGUCAUCCAUCAGGUGUAAUGUGCUCGGGCGCUUAUCUGUACAAUAGUAUUUCCCCUCACUGUUCUCGGCAGACUGUUCUCCCCCCGGUUCUUUGAGGGGAGUAUUAGUGUAGAAAAACAGAAGAUCAAGCGCAAUCAACAACGGGCACCGACCACCAGUGUCAGCGCGCGUGCUGUGUUUUAUUUUGGCGAACGUUUUCGAGUUCAUCUCUCGAGCUGUUCCUCAAUGGUACCUGUAUCAAAAAGUGCCGACACGCGGCAAGGCUGAACACUAAAGGAUUAGAGCACAAAGCAAACAGCAACAAUAGCAAAAGAAAAGAAAAAGAACAAGGAAUGAAAUCAAUUUGAUAUCGCGCUUUCCAGUACACGCAUUUCUUCUCUCUGGAGAAUGAAAAGAAGAGAAGGAAUGCGUUUGCUCUACGCUCAACGUGUUGUGCGUUGCGUCAUGCGAAGUACUCGCAAACACGAUUCUUUCUCACUGUGAUGGGGAGGGAAGGAGGGUGGGGGUAAGACCGCGAUAGCUGCGGCAAGCUCUCAGAAAUGCCGAGUGAUCACGACUGCUUCUUUUCCAUCUAUUUAGAUGACAGACAUAUAUGCAGUCAAUGGCUACCAGCUGUGCUCUUAACGGAGAUGCGGAUUUUCGCCUGCAGCGUCUUGUUUUGCAGAAGAAGAAUGCCGUAUUUGCCGUUCCAUGCCUGUUUGCUCUUCCGUCUUCUCUGUUCUUCCUCCUUCCGCACACACGAACAGCCACACGCAAUCUUUUUCCUUUUGUCUGAGUUGGCGCAUGAGUUUGCCGUAGUUGGCGUUCUUUGACGUAGCUUCAUUGGAAGCUUAAUAGUAGAAAAAAGAAGAAGAACACUCCUCACGACUUUUCUCUUCCGUCCUGCGUGCCAAAGCAUCGCACGUGUGUGCCGACACGUAUGGGUACUAUACAACUUCAACCAUACACAACGUACUCCCAGUAAGGAAGGGAGGUUGCAGCGUCAGAAGAUUGUCGCUGUGUGCUUGCAGGUCAACUGCUCAUUAGACCAGCAUACUACGCAGGCUGACAUUUCCGAGUUUUCUCUACUUCCACACAGUAUUACAAGUGGAAAUCAAUUGUAGCAGGUUCUUAACAGCUCGAUUUCUUUUAACUCUACUUCUGUAAGCAACCCUUUUUUUCUUUUGCGUGCUCCAUAAACGAAUCGGCAGCAGCAGUAUCGAUGUUUACCCGUCCACCUUAGCUCAACUACUACUGAUGAUUGCCGCGGAGGUUUUUUUGUUCUUCCUAGCGUUCCACAAAGGUUUUUGCUGGAAAUACUUUUCUUAUUGUUAUAAGCUGUCAGUUGGUGUAUCUGUUCACACCUACUCUACACCUUCUCUUUUGAAUAUUGAAUUAUAAAAGAGAGGUUCUUCUCGGUGUCUCUGCGUUUCUCGAUGUGCUUUUGCCUCCCACCAGCGAAAUUGUAGCAGCUAUUAUUUAUCUGAGAGAGAAAGAGGAGGAGAGAGACAACAUACGCCUUAAAAAGAAGCGCCAUUUUCCUUCCCCGGCAAUAUAUUUCUGUAUUAGUUUCACUGCAUAAAAAUGCCUUACUACGAUGUGGACGUGCGCACUCCCAUCUUCUACCGUCAGAGCUUCGCCAGUGCUUUGGAGACGCAAUCGAAUAAGGCCUAUGCCCGCCUGACACACACACCCGUCGUUGCAGAGCACCUGCCUCGCGGAGCGGCGAGUGGGGCGCGUAUUGCGCAGUUCGGCACGAGUCGUCUGCGCAACUUGGACGAACUGGAAAAGCUGCUGCACACCGUACUGGAAGAGGUUGGGCCAACGACCUGUGGCGACGGUGGUGGUGCCACCGUACUCCACUGCUCCACUCGCGAGCUCGGUGCGGCGGCGAUGGAGCGCACCGUGAUUUCGCCAUCCUCGCUUGCACGGGUUCGGUCCUCCCACACGCAGACUUCCCAGAAGGACGUCGAGAGUGGCGUGCCGUGCGCCCCCUCGCCAGCCUCGGAUGCCCUCUUUGUAACAGAAAUCGAUGGCAACGAUAACGGUGGUGGCCUGUCUCGCCCCACCGCGCGAGAGAUGCCCCACUCCGUUUCCUUUCUCGAGGAUGCGUGUUGCGUGCCCCCGCUGGUACACCGAGACGCCGUCAGCGAUCAACAUCGGUCGGAGUCGAAGGGAAUUCGGCUGUGGCGCUGGGUGCGUGGGUGGGUGCGGCGCGGUGCGAGUCCGUCCGCUCCUUCUUCCUCCCCAACGGUGCGGCCGCGAGAGGAAAGGCGAAUGGAAGGCGGAGGGGGCGUCGGUGCACGCAGUUACCGCCGCGAGUACACCACAGGAACGGCUGCCGCUCUCGCUUGUCAUUCGUCUGCGCCGCAGCCGGAGAAGAAAGCGCCGUCGUUGCCCGGUGUGCCGGAGUGGGUGCGGGCCGCUUUCGCACCUACCGCCUCCGCCAUCGCCGCCGCCACUGUCGAUAACGUUCACGCGUCUGUUGUACACACACCCCUUGGCUCUUCGACUCACGAGACCGGCGCCGGCGCCGCGGAGGAGUCGUUGCCGUCGACGCGAGACGGUGCAAUGCCCGUGGACGGCGGCGCGAGUGGGGUGUACUCCGCCUCCCUGCGUCGUACCACCGAUGCGUUCGCUGGGCACACGGCAGGGGUAGCUGCAACGCCGAAAGAUAAGGGUGGUGGUAGUGGUUGCAAGGGUAAUGGUCAGCUACCCGCCGGCGACACAGACGGAACAAAUUCGGCAUCCUCCCAGCCCUCCUCGCUUCCAACCGCGGAGGUCCUUUUGGAAUCGUGGUGUCGCCGCAGUGACAGCGGAGCCGUGCACGGCAGCAGUGGGGAUGAUACGGCGAGAAGCUGUGCUCACACGGAAGUUCCAGCGGACAGCCACUUCUGGGUCGCCUCGCCUUGUGGGUCUCUCGCGCACGCCAACGCCUCUGCUGCCGAAGACGGAGACGCUGCCAGGUCACGCAAUGAUGUUCAGCGGGGCCCGACCCACAAGAGUGGUGCAUCUACUGCAGUAACGCCCACCAUCAGAACGGAAACCACAGCAGGAAGUUCAGAAGCACCGCCGUGCGUGGAAAGCAGCGGUGAACGGGAUGGCGACGCAUCCGCGCCGUCACUGCCGCACAGAGGCCAAUCUGCUGCUGCUUCCCACGCUCACAACAGUAUCACCACCACGGACGAGCCACACAGGGCCAAUGCUUCCUUUUCCUUUACAGGACACAACGGAGCGUGGAAAGGUGGAAAUUGUCCUCAUUCCACGGCGACGCAGCACCCCGCUGCUUCUCGCGGCACCCAUGGCACAAAUACGUUGGCCCGGUGGGACCGACACGCCUACGCAGUCGAGUUAGUCGGCUGGCUGCACCUGCUGGUGUGGGUGCGCUGCCAGGUCAUUUACUUCUUACGCGACCUCUCGGGCGUGCAGGGCUUUGUGGCGUGGAGUGCCUGGUACUGGUCGUGGGCCCAAGAACACCCCCGACAGGCCUCGCUGCACCAGGCCUUGUCGUCGCGACGCUUCUGGCGGGGACUGUGGAAGCGUGGUCUCAGUGCGCAGCUCAGUGAGGUGCAGUACGAGACCAGUGGUCACAUGUUCACCCUGAAGAACGCCUUUCGACUCAUCGUCAGCUGCAUUGGCGCGGCGUACACCUCGCUGGAGCAUCUGAACUCCGUCAUUUUGCAAGUCCAACACCACUGCGAGAUGACGACACCACCGAGAGCGGCAGCAGCCGCGGCAGCGCGCUCCUGCGUGGCCAGUAUUGGAGCCGUUGGUGUGAGCAUGCCGGUGAUCCCUGAGUUGAACAGCAGCAUCAACCGUAGUGCGUACAUCACGAACAGGCGAGACUUCUUGUCGAAUCAAAACAGCGUAUUUUGGAGUCCCGCUCCGGUGUCGAUGAUGAACGACGACUUAUCUCCACUCGCACCGCAACCACGAGACGGCGUGGACAGUCGUGCCGGUGCGGCUGUUGACUCACACAACGCACAUCGAUCGGUCUUCGACGGCGCGUGUGAGCAGGACCGUGCGAACGGCGCCGCGAUGGGAGAGGCGGCAGCGGAGGAGGUGGAGGCAGCGGCGGCGCUCUGUGUGCUCGACGAGCUUCGCCAGGCUGUCUGGUCCAUGUUGAAAGAGCAGCGAUCGAUGUUCCACUCCAGCGGGCAGCAGCUCGAGGCGCUGGAGUCGAACGAUUUUUUCGGGUGGCCGGGCGAGUUUAUGCACGCGGAUGGGCGUCCACUUGGGAAUGCCUCGACGACACAUACCGCCGGUGGCCGCGUACCAGUGUUCGCGGAGAGCCUGCUCAGCGCCUCCGUGACAGGGGAGGUCUAUCCAGCCGGCUCGUCGCCGCGUGUAUACGAUGAGGCGCGACGACCUGCGGAGGACAGGGGCAGUGGGUGCCCGGUCACCGCCCGCGACGGGGCAGUGGCGCUCUUGCAACGUGUGCAGCAGUCCCGUCAUCUCGUGCUGAGGCUGAAGGUAUUCGUGCAGCGCGCGCACAACCCGCCUGCCGCACGCCAUUGGCAGCGUAUCGUGAUAGCAGCUGCGACGACGAUCCCACCGUUUAUUUGGCUUUACCGGAAGACCCCCGCUGAGUUAAUGGAACUGGGGCGUGGACGCUACCACCUCGCACAGCUAAUCGUGAAGUCGUACCUCUUGGACCCCAUCGCGCAGCUGAGGGAGUCGCUCUUCUACGUCCGCCCCGGCGUCGAGGACCGCCGUGGCGCCUUUGAGCGUGACGCUGUGUCGUUGGCAAACAUUAUUCGCGACUUUCACGAAGACAUGUACCCGAACAUGCCGCUGAGUCGACUGGAGCAGAUGCGCGACCGUACGCUGGACCGCCUACGUGCUGGUGUGGCAGACCCCGAAGGGCUUGGGCUGAUUGAGCAGCAAUAUCGCCACUCCGUGCGCCACCCGAUCCGCAGCGUAUUCUUCGGGGACCUGCCUCGCAUCCUUCUCAUACAGAUGUCAUACCAGGCACUGGAGAUGAGCCGCGUCGCGAAUGGCGUGGAUGAGGUGCUGGAGGGCAACGACCUCAAUUUUAAGGUGAUGGCGCUGCUGCCGGUAUUCGCCGCGGGCGGCCUUUUGGCGUGGUGGGGGCUGCUGCGGUACCGCGCCAAUCACAAGCCCAUCCACAUGCGCAUGAAGCUUCUCUGGCGGUCUCUCUACCGCGUAAUCAGCUUUGCCGGCAGUGGGCGGCAGGUCCUACCGCCGUUUAUGCGAGGUUCGCCGCAGCACAUCGUGGUGGGCGCGCGUUUGCCAGAGCCUUCCAACCUCCCGAAGACUCGAGCUCGGGCUCGUGUUGCGGGAGACGUCCACACGGAGCCACCAGCGACGGGCAGCAACAAUCAUUACAACCAUUUGCGCCACGACGGCGGAAAGCUCGACAGGCGUACCGCUGCAGCCACUGGUGCGGUGGGGACUGCGACAGCAAGCAUGCUGACAAUGCCAGUCUAUGAAGGACACGCAGAGGUCUUCGACCCUGCUGGUUGUACGGAGGCGGGCGAGGACAGCAACUCCCUUCUCGCUGCGUCGAUGAACUCGCAUGACGGCGUCGCCUCGGCGCGUCAGCUCAACAACUAUGAACAAGGAAUGGUGCUGCUGCUCUCGCAUGUGAUCCGAUCGCUCGCGGCAGAGUAUCUUCGCUCGUAUGAGUAUUUCCACGAGUUGGUGGAGGACUUGAACGACUUGGAGAGCGUGCAGAGCUCGCGGCAUCAACGCCUGGCUACGUUGGAGCGCAUGCGCACCACCCACGCUUCCCUGUUCUGA